AUGAGUGGAGACCACUUACGAAAGGGGCAAGAAAUACCGCUGGCCAAGUCUCUUCUUGCCGGGUGUGUGUCAGGGUUGAGUGCAAGGCUUGUGACGGCACCAUUGGACACGCUAAAAAUUCGCUUACAGCUUCAACUGGCAAACGAAGCGGCAAAUGGAGGAACUCUCCUCACAUUGGGUAAGCUUGUCCGUGAAGAGGGAGUCAGAGCACUGUGGAAGGGAAACGUACCCGCGAUGACUAUGUAUGUGCUAUACGGUUCAACGCAAUUUAGCUCGUACUCGACGCUCAACAAGUGGCUUUCAGGGAAUGAUUGGCCUGCACAAGUUCACACAGCUGUUGUAGGCGCUUUGGCAGGUACCUGCAGCGCAGUUGCGUCCUACCCGUGUGAUGUUUUGCGAACGCGGUUCAUCGCGAAUCACAAUCGUCAGUUCUCGACCAUGCUGAGCACCGUCCGAGAAAUCUUGCAGCACGAGGGCUUGCAUGGGUUCUUCAAGGGUGUGACUUCAUCGGUUGUCUCAAUCACGAUUACCUGCUCUUCUAUGUUCGCUACUUAUGAGGCAGUCAAGAUCUUCUGUGAGCAGAGCUCUAGCCGCGAUUCAACGCAUAUUCAGAUGCUUGACAGAUCUGCGAGCAUGAUAGCGGGUGUCGUCUCCAAAACAAUCGUCUUUCCGCUCGACACGGUACGAAAACGAUACCAAGUUGUGAACUGGCAAAGAAUUGCGCACUUGAGUCACGCGAACGUGGCAUACGAAUACUAUACAGGAGUGGGGUUCAUCAAGCUAGCCCUGCGGAUCACAGAGAAGGAGGGCUUACGUGCAUUGUACCGGGGAUAUAGCUUGGCAAUUUUUAAAAGCGUUCCUAGCACUGUUGUGAGCCUUGGGAUGUACGAGUGGUGCCUAAGAAGGACAGGGUAG